AUGUCGACUCCUACCAGUCCCGUGGAGCACAAGCUCCCUCAGCGUUCGGGGACCGUCACUAGCGCCAUGACUCGUCGGACUUCCAUGAGUGAUGACGAGGCCAUUCCCGGCUCCGAUAGCAACGAGACCACGAACCUCCUCCUCGAGCGUCUCCGUGCUUGGAAGCACAUGUGUGGAUAUUUGGAAGAUUAUGUGUCUGCGACGGCCAAGGUGUCCAAGUCGCAAGCCAAGGAUUUCGAGAAGGUUUUGAAGAUUCCUUGCGUGCAGACUGUGAACGAACCUCUGCGGGAGAGUCAUCAUUUCUCCCAGAGCGCCGGCGGCGUUUCUUCUUGGUUUGAGAACAUCCGCGCCAACACUCAGGGCAUGGUGAACCUGUACCUGGACUCUGAGAGGAACCUCAAGGGUUCCGUGCUUCCGACCUUGGAGCGUCUUCACAAGGAAAUCAAGGCCAAGUCGAAGGAAUUGCAGAAUGGCGCUGCAAAGGGUGCUAAGGCUGUCGACAAGGCUCGUGGCGUCACUCAGAAGCACAUUGAGCUCCUCGCCCAGCACACGGCUACACUUGACGCUGCGUCCCAUAACAAGAUCGACACCGCCCAUGAUCCUUACAUUCUCCGUCGAGGUGUCACCCACCGCCUGAACAAGCAGGUUAUCGAGGAGAACAACAACCGUCAGGACCUCAUCGCCGUGCAGAACAACUUCCAGCAGUUCGAGGCUCAUGUCCUGCAGACCGUUCAGGGCGCUAUGGAGCAGUUCGUCGUCUACAUGGGCGGUCAGCUUGACCGUCACCGCGCCAUGUACACGGACAUUCUGUCCUCGGCGCAAAAGGUCCCUCCGGAUUUCGAAUGGGUCAACUUCAUGACCAGAAACGACCACAUCCUCGUCAACCCCGACGCACCGCCGCGCUCCCUCUCCAACAUCACCUUCCCUAACCAGGAGCACCGCGCCACCAAGCCCUUGAUCGAGGGUACUCUGGAGCGCAAGUCUCGCGCCAUGCUCAAGGGCUACAGCAGCGGCUUCUACGUCGUGACACCCGCCCGCUACCUCCACGAGUUCAAGGACAACGACGAUCUCCGCCGCGACCCCGCUCCCGAACUCUCCCUCUACCUGCCCGACUGCAUCAUUGGCGCCAUCGACGGCUCCAAGUUCAGCGUCAAGGGCAAGGACGUCUCCAGCGGCAAGGUUGGAAAUGCCUUCCACACAAACACCGAGCUGAGCUUCAAGGCCGCCAACUCUAACGAGGCCGAGAAGUGGUGGACCGUCAUCAAGGACGCCACUCGCGCUCCGACUUUCUCUUCUAGCACCGCCACCUCGCCAACCAGCCCUGUUGCGGCCGAGAGCUCUCAGCCGCCCGCCUAUGUCGAGAAGGAGUCCGCUGCUGCUCAGCAGGAACCCACCGCUCAGUCGCCGGCCACUCCGGCUGCUGUCUCUCGUACCAACACUAGCGGCUCCGGCACUCUUCCCACCGCUUCUAGUGCCGCGGCACCUCCUGUGACCACUGCUACGGAGGAUAAGGCGUGA